AUGGGCUCGAUAUCCUCGCCGCAGAAAAUAAACGUCUGGUUAGAUUGUGAUCCAGGACAUGAUGACGCAUUUGCCAUACUCCUCUGCACGCAGCACCCCAACCUCCAUCUCCUCGGUCUCUCCACCGUCCACGGCAACUCCUCUAUCACCCACACCACCUACAACGCCACCUCCCUCCUAACCUCCAUGUCGUCCACACACAUCCCCGUCUACCGAGGUGCUGGCACUGGUCUCGUGCGGCCCGCCGUACACGCCCCUGCUAUUCACGGCGAAUCCGGACUCGAAGGAACUUCACUAUUACCAACCCCCACCUGCAGCGCGCUCUCCGAACCAGCCAUCGACGCAAUGGCUACAGCGCUAUUUGCGACGCCCGCGGGCUCCGCGUGGUUGGUGGCGACGGGGGCAUUGACGAAUAUCGCGGCGUGUUUUGCGAAAUAUGAGGGGUUAGCGGAGCAUGUAAGGGGCGUGAGUAUUAUGGGGGGAGCGAUCGGGAAUGGAUUUACGGGGGCUGUGAUGGGGGUUGUGGGGGAUCGGGAACGCAUUGGGAAUUGGAGUGUUUGGGCUGAGUUUAACAUCUUGGUUGAUCCGGAAGCGGCGGCUUUUAUUUUUGAGCAUGAGGUUUUGAGGGGGAAGACAACGUUGAUUCCGUUGGAUGUGACGCAUCAGGUAUUGGCUACGAGGGAGUUGAUGGAUGUUUUGAGGGGUGAGAAGGAGGGGGUAAGUGGGAGUGCGUUAAGGAUCAUGUUGGUGGAGUUGUUGGGGUUUUUCGCGGCGACAUAUGAUAGGGUUUUUGGGAUGAGUGAGGGGCCGCCGUUGCAUGAUCCGUUGGCGGUGGCGGUUAUUUUGGAUGGGAUUGUUGGGGCGGAGAUUCCGUUUUAUGAUCACAAGGAUGGGGGGAAGAGGGAGAGAUUUGAGGUUAAGGUGGUCACGGAGGGAAGCCAUGAUGAUGCUCAGAAUGGAUCGGAAACUGGUCGGACUAUUGUCAGACUGCUUCCUGAUGGGGAAGAGGGUGUUAAAAUCCCGAGGGGCUUAGAUAUCAAGAGGUUCUGGGAAGUGGUAGAAGAUUGUUUAUCUAGAGCUGAUGUCGUAAACAAGGCGCACGGAAUUGUAUAG